UAUUAUUCCGUGCUAUGUCAUAGACAUAUCUCUGACGUUGUUGACAUGGCGUACAGUUGGACGACGAUCUUUGAUUGAACACAGGUUCCGGUCCUGAUCUACGAAAAUGGGUAAAGUUAAGUGUUCCGAGCUUCGGACGAAAGAUAAGAAAGAGCUGCUGAAGCAGCUGGAUGAACUCAAAACUGAACUUACCAGCCUUCGGGUUGCGAAGGUGACGGGCGGAGCAGCCUCCAAGCUUUCCAAAAUACGAGUUGUGCGAAAAGCUAUUGCUAGAGUUUACAUUGUGAUGCAUCAAAAGCAGAAGGAGAACUUAAGAAAACUUUUUAAGAACAAGAAGUAUAAACCUCUGGAUCUGAGACCCAAAAAAACUCGGGCAAUUCGCCGUGCGCUCUCCAAGCAUGAAAGUCGCAUCAAGACCCUGAAGGAAAUAAGAAAACAAAGAAUAAAUCCACCAAGAAAGUUUGCUGUUAAGGCUUGAAAUGACUGUUAAUUUUCUGUAUAAUAAGUAAAAUAUACAUUUCAAAAAUA